AUGAAGAUAUUAAGCUGGAACUGCCAAGGGCUUGGGAACCCUUGGACAGUUCGAAGCCUGCGCGAUAUCGUGCGGGUUCAAGCGCCUACAGUUUGCUUUUUAAUGGAAACUAGAUUAGACAAGGAGGGGUUUGACAGACAGUUAGGGGACUUACCGUUUCCAAACAAAAUCAUAGUGAAGCAACCGAAUUCAGGAGGGGGUUUAGCAUUGAUUUGGAGGGCAGGAGUGAAGAUGGAGCUUAUCAAUUUCACCAUGAACCACAUUCUUGUCAAAGUUACGGCAGAAGAUGGGUUCGUCUGGUUUCUCACCGGCUUUUAUGGGUGGCCUGAAGCUUGCCAACGGGGUAAGUCUUGGGCUUUGCUCAAUCAUCUGAAAUCAUUUGUUGAUGGGCCAUGGGUUUGUAUAGGUGAUUUUAAUGCCAUCCUUAACUCAUCGGAGAAAUUAAGCAAUACACCGCCACAACAGAGGCUUAUGGAUGACUUCCGGCAGGCGUUGGACAUGGUUCAAUUGUUUGACUUAGGCUUUGAAGGGUACCCAUUUACUUGGAAUAACAGACGACCGGGAUACGCAAACACUAAACAGAGGCUGGACAGGGCGGUAGGGAAUGAGGCUUGGAGAGCAAAAUUCUGUUUUUCUAAGGUAACUCAUCUAUCCUCAUAUGCCUCUGAUCAUCUUCCAACUGUGCUCCAUGUGAAGGGCGGGAAAAAAUGGCAAGGACGGGUUUGUCGUGGCUUUAAGUUUGAGGAGGCGUGGCUUCUAUGGGAUGACCGUGAGGCAGUGGUAGAGGAGGCUUGGGGUAAAGGAGGUGUUCGGCCAAAUGCCUUAGAGACAACAAGACAAAAAAUUGAAACCUGUGGGGCGGAUUUGUUGGCAUGGGGUUCAUCUAAAACCCAUCCGGCAAAUGAGGAAGUCAAGCAACUCCAGAAGAGAAUUGAAGUGUUGAAUUGUAGUGACUAUAAUGAGGAAUGUAAGGCAGAGCUACUGGUUCUGAGUAGGAAGCUGGAUGAUCUACUACGCAAGCAAGAAAUUUUUUGGGCACAGAGAUCUAGGAUCUCUUGGUUGAAGCAUGGCGACAGAAAUACAAGGUUUUUUCACCAAAAGGCCUCGCAAAGAAGAAGAAGGAAUUACAUAUAG